UGGCAGUUUAGCCACACAGUUUAGCGAAAGAUUGUUAUGGAAAGUAGCGUGUACUUGCAUACCUACGCUCUACUCCGCUGAGAUUCAUAAUUACUUUCAUAUAUAAAGUGAAAUUAUAAUUUUAUUAUGUAGAGAUCCCGUCUAUAAUAUAUUUAUGCUCCAAAAAUGUCGACAGUGCUUUUGGCCGUUGUUGCAGUGAUCUUGUGUGUACUUUUCCGAAUUCUGAAUGUGAAUAGUCAACCUCAUAAGCCUCUUAUUUAUGGCCGAGAUAAAAAUUUCAUUGAAAAUAUUCUAUUCAUUGCUCCGUUUUUGAAUGAACCUUACAUACCGACACGGCUAUGGGGAUUCAGCGGCCACGUGCAGACUAUACUACACAGUCUGAUUGGUCGUGUCCGUUGUCCUUGGCCGAUUGGAGCUAGAAUAUCCCUAAUCUUGCCCGAUCGCUCUACUCUCACUUACGAUUUGUAUGAACCAGUCGGUGCGGAACAUGAAGAUGACGUCACGGUGGCAAUCUGUCCCGGCAUCGGCAACACAUCGGAGAGUGUGUACAUACGUACGUAUGUGCAUUACUCGCAACGCCACGGCUACAGGUGCGCUGUGCUCAACCACAUCGGAGCCCUAAAUAGCGUGCCUGUUACAGGAACUCGGAUAUUUUCGUAUGGUCACACAGAUGACUUCAAUUACAUGAUAGAGAAUCUCAUGGAGCGAUAUCCCGGCACGAAAUUGAUUCUAGUCGGCUUCAGUCUCGGCGGAAACUUGAUUACAAAGUACUUGGGCGAGGACAGGAAAAGGCCAACGAAUAUCAUCGGCGGGAUCUCAAUUUGUCAGGGAUAUAAUGCUAUCGACACAAUGGUAUACCUGCUCCAAUGGCAGAACUUCCGUCGGUUCUACUUAUACAUAAUGACGGACAACUAUCGCAACAUCAUCACGCGGCACAAGCGCAUGCUGCUCAGUCCAGAGAUGAAGAAUAAGUACAGUCUGGAUGAGAAGAUGAUUGUGUCUGCGGGUACCUUGCCAGAUUUGGAUGAGGCUUAUUCUAGGAAAGUAUACGGGUUCAACUCAGUGGCGGAGUUAUACAAGUGGAGUUCCUCAGCAUUCUACCUCGAGAAAGUGAAAACGCCGAUGAUAUUUAUCAACGCACGCGACGAUCCCAUCGUUCCUGAGCCGCUCUUGCCGAUCGUCAGGGAGUUUGUCAGUUCGCAAGAUAAGAAGAUGUUCCUAGAACUAGCGCACGGCGGUCACUUGGGCUUCUACGAAGGCGGGUUACUAUACGCCAACCCUGUGACGUGGCUCGACCGAGCGUUAGUAGGUCUAGUCGGCGGCUUGCUAAUGGCGCACAACAAAUGUUCACCAAAAGACUCGCUAAUGGCCACCACAGAAUACAACGUGUCCGACGACGAACCAGAUCUCAUUAAAUCCGCCACAAUCCUCUACCGCGACCCCUUCGAGAAACACGCACAACAAAUAUAAUUGACAUUCCAAAUCAAAUUUAAAAUUCGAAUGCAUUUCCGUUCCAACGGCGAUUUCGCGUGGAACGUUCGAGAUAUGUAAAGGCGUGAUUGACUGUUGCACGAUAUUUAUUAACGAUCGGCUUGAGAGUUUGAAAAUGUGCCUAAUGGUAUACUUUAGUGUGCCUAGAAAUUGUUCAGAAUGAGAUUUUUUUUGUUGUUAGACAAGUAACGAUACGAAUGUUUUUAGUUAUUAUUUAAAUGUUAUCUGUAAAAUUGUAUUUAAUGUGCACUAGAUUUUAAAGUUGCACAAUAAUCGCUUACACAUAAUAAUUCCAGUACAACUGAUAUAUUUAUGAUUUUAUGAAAACGAUGAUUAGUUGAUAACGUAGUUUUUCCUUAUAUUGUGAUAUAUUUGUUUGAUUAAAUUUUAAAUCAGCUUGUUGUAAUAUCUGUGAAUAAAAAAAAAAUGUAUUAUAUUGCAUUUAUCUACUUACAUAAUUCUACAUAAUAAUAUUAAUGUUUUGAUUUAUUAUUUAUUUAAAUAGCUUAUAAUUAACAGUAAAUACAUUAAUAUUUAUUGUGAUAUAACUGAUUGAAAUGUUUAAUGUAAAAAUAUUGUCGUUUAUAUACGGAACCAUAUAUAUGACACAGUUUUUAAUUAUUGUUAUACAACCAAAGUACUUGAUACAAAGUAAACAAAGGACGGGUGAAGUACUAGCAAAAUAAAUAUUUAAAUUAAGGCUAAUAUCACUUUCUUUCCUAUAUAAUUUAAAAUAGGUCAGUUUCACCACUUGCUGAUAAAUUCACUGUUAACUUUUGCAGUUGAUACUUUUUGAUUCUAAUGUUCAUAAAUUAAGUUGUCUUUUAACCGAUAGAUUACUUGAAUAAAACAUAGCCCAUAAGUUGUAUAACUGGCUAUAAAAUGGAUAAAUUUACUAAGUCGCGGUUAUGUAUGUUUAAUAGCAAUACCUAAUAAACUAAUAUACAAGGAGUGUUGUAUGGAAACCAAUAUUUAGUUACCGAGAUACGGUGUUUGAUAUGAGUCAUGGCAUUAUUAGGAAUACGUCAUACUGUUGACUCAGAUGUGUAGUUACAGGCGAAUAUAGAUAUAUGAGAUUGUGCAUUUAUAUGAUUCUAUCUUUUUUACCAGCUUUAACAAGCUAUGUUUUUGAAAAACCUAAUCGGUGAGGAUCUUCGUAUUUUUCUACAAAAUAAUUGUUAUGAGACAAGGCAAUGCGUUGUUUGAUUGUAUAAAUGCAUUGAAUUUCGUUAAAAUUUCCUUUUGAAAUUAUCCAAUAAUUUUAAAAUGUAUAAAACCGCAUUUUCAGUUGUAAUGUUUUAUAGCGAUAUUUGUGUAUUGAGAAGUAAAUUCAAGCUGGUGAUUACAUAUUGACGAAAUAUAUGAUGACGGUGAUAAAAUUGAAGGAAUUGUAUGUUAAAAUGCGAGUCGUGUUUUCCAAAAUGUUUACUAGUAUAAGUUAUACAUUCCCACCGCUAGUUACAAAUUGGAAACAUAAAUGCUGCUUUGUUGAAUGAUUUGAAGUAAAACUAUUGCAUAUUAUUGCUGAUAUAUGAAUACUAUACUUAUCAUAAGAGCCCUGUUUCUGAAUUACAAUAUAAAAGUACUAGUUUACCGCCCGCGGCUUCACCCGCUUUGUCUAAAACCUAAUAAAUUAUAUACUAAAACCUUCCUCUUGAAUCACUGUAUCUAUUAAAAAAACCGCAUCAAAAUCCGUUUCGUAGUUAUAAAGCUUUAAGCAUACAAAGGGACAUAGGGAAAUAGGGUCAGAGAAAGCGACUUUGUUUUAUCCUAUGUAGUGAUGUAAUAAUAUGCCUUGGUUCACUCGAAUGGCCUGUCUAAAACAUGCGUCCAGUAUAUCAUGGGGCCUAGAAUGUUCUAGAAUGUGAUGAUGAAUAUCAAGAAUGAAUAUGUGUUGUGAGUACAAAUUUGUUCACGUACGAGAAAACAUUGUUAUAUAGGAUAGAUGUAGCUUUGAUUGUGAACAGUUAAGAUCAUAGAGUUAUACGACAUCGUCAGAAUAUUGCGUACUUAUAGAAGUGUUGUUGUAUAAUAAUUUAUAUGUACAAGUUACAAUUGAUGAUGGUUGAACAUCGGUAUGGCAUGGUUGUAUAGUAUGAUUGAAUAGUUAAUACUUAAUAUUAACAAAGUAGAUGCGUAAGAAGGAUUUUGUCCAAAGUCUAUGUAUGAAAAGGGAAGCUUAAUCAUAUGACGUGAUUGUUCUACCAUCAUCAAUUAUUAUAAUUCGUUAAGUUCAGCUUUUGACUCGAUGUAAAACUUCGUGAUAACGCUUUUUGCUUUGGUUUAAAUUAAUUUACCACUAUCUUGAUGUGUAUAUGAAGUACCUACAUAAAAAACUUGUUUCAGACAUAGUUCAUAAUAUUUUUAAUGUAUCGAUACACAGUACAGUACACGCAGGCAGCUGUGUUGUGUCUACAAGCACUUUAGUCAGUUUAAGCUUUUUAAUAAUUCAAUAACAAAAUUUUAAUUCACUUCAGAUACAAUAUGGAAUCUCUUUUAUAACUGUAUUCAAAUAUCUCAGUAUGUUUUAGAUUGUGUCCGUUAUCUGUAAGUACCAAUCUACUCUAGUUUUUUAUGUAGUUAUGUACUUAGAAAACCAAAAUUGUUGUGAUCUCACGAUUGUCGUGAAACAAGCCUAAGCGUAGCCGAAGGCCUACGUGUAGAUAUUAAAUGAAAUGGAAAUGUAUUAAAAUGUCCAGAUGGUCGUAGAGCGACUAAUGUUUUGAGAGCCUUAAGAUUUGGCCUGUAUUAUGUUAUUUACAGUAAUGUACCGCGGUCAUCUCGUUGAUUGCGGAUUCAAUUGAUGUUCAAAAAAAUAAACGAAUAACUUGA